GGGGGGGAGCAGUCCUCAGAGGAAGAUGUGAAAGACGAGACUUCGUCAGGAAAGCAUGAGAGAGGAAAGAGACGACAGUAUGGUGAAAGACCUCUCUGGGUUGUAUGAUGGAAGGACUGGGAAAUGAGAGAUCCAUAUGCAGCUCUAGACCCUACCCAUGGCUCAGUCACCCCAAAACAGAGGCCUCCACCCUGCUAUGGAAACUCAAAGACUGCUUCUCAACCAAUGAGACAACCUCCCUUCAUCACACAGAUAAAGAAAACAAUUACAUGGACAACAGAAAGGCCGUGCUGGAAUUGAAAGAUGUCCCUCCUCCUCCUCCGCACCAUACUUCCUCUUCCCAAUCAUCCCAGCCCUUCUCUCUGGCCCCUCUCCCUUUGCCCCCUCCCUGCUUGCCUCCUCCUCCACUUAGACAAGACCCCCACCAACAACAGCCACCACCACCACCACAGCAGCAGCAACAAGAGGGGGCUAGGCCCAAAGUAAGCAUUUGCACUCAGUGUGACUUUUGCAGGACAGAGGGCUAUGGGUUUUUAGGUGGUGGAGGUGGUGUUGGUAGCAAUAGCAGCAUUGCUGGUGUUGUCUCGGUCUAUAUGGCCCCAAGCUCUCUGGGAGCCCGCAGCAGCAGCAGCAGUAUUAGCAGGUCUGACUCUUGCUCUGUAUCUUCAUCUGGGUCUCAGUAUAAACAUAACCUGAGCUGCGGAAGUGGAGGUGAAAUUCUUGACCCUUUGCUCAGUCUUGCUUACAAACCUCAGCUGCUCUCUUCUGUUGCUACCUCUCAGCCAAUGUCAUCACACCCGUAUACCUCCUGCUGCUCAGGGCUUCUGCACACCUACCCAUCUGUACCUCUUCCAUGCAGCCAACCCAGCAUAUUUACCUCCUCAGCACCUAUGGCUUCUUCUCUGCGCUGUGUUUCCUCUCUACCUACUUCCUUGCAUGGCUCUUGCCUGGCUUCUUCUGGCUACUACUCUUGUGGUGUGGACUGCUGCCCAUCAGCCAGAAGAUCCCAGAGAAGCACACUCGGUGAUCACCCAGCCACCACCACCAUCACCACUACAACCACCUCUGCACACUUCUGCUCUAAUCCUAUGCACCUAAAUGUAGAACGCACGGUUUGUGUGAAGGGGGCACACUACUGCCAGGAAUGCCUGUUUAAGCCCAUGAAUGGACUGGUGUCAGAGUCAGACAAAGUGUGGCCCAAUGUUCCUGUUCCCCAGACUGCUCCUAUCCCUAUUCCCAUUUGUAAUGGCUGUGGUACCUCCUCUGAUGGCAUGAUGCUCAUGCCAUCGACCAGCCUCAGCAAGACUGGCCAGAAAUAUGGUUCUCCAGAGAAUAGUGGUCCUGAGAACAUCCCUCCAGUAGGUGUCUUCUGGGACAUUGAAAACUGCAGCGUGCCCAGCGGACGAUCAGCUGGAGCUGUGGUCCAGCGUAUUCGCAGCCGUUUCUUUCAGGGCCACCGUGAGGCAGAAUUCAUUUGUGUCUGUGAUAUCAGCAAGGAGAGUAAAGCCGUCAUCCAAGAGCUCAACAACUGCCAGGUUACUGUUGCACACAUCAACGCCACAGCCAAGAAUGCUGCAGAUGACAAGCUUCGCCAGAGCCUGCGGCGCUUUGCUGAGACCCACACUGCACCUGCAACUGUUGUACUAGUAUCCUCUGAUGUGAACUUUGCAAGUGAGCUGAGUGACCUUCGCCAUCGCCAUGGUUUCCAGGUAAUCCUGGUCCAUGGAAACCAUACAUCUUCAGCCCUGCUGCAGCACGCCCACUGCCACGUGGCCUUUCAGGAGAUCACAGCUGAUCUGCCACCACGCAUGCUUGUCAAAGCACAGCCCAGUUUCAACCUCCUCUAUGUGCACAACCUCCCUUUCAACUGUGACAAGAGCCUGCGGAACGCGGUGAAGCUCAGGCUCCGCCGCCUGUCAGACAACUGUGGUGGCAAGGUGCUGGGCAUGUCCCACGGCACAGCAGUCCUCCGUUUUGGCAGCCCUGAGGCAGCUUCGCGUGCCCGCAAGCGAAUGGAAAAUGAGGAUGUGUUUGGCCGUCGAAUCAGCCUCUCCUUCUCCCCGCGCCCCAGAGACGAUACAAGUCCUGAGCCUGAGCUUCAGUCUCGGCCCCAUCACUUGCCCCAGCCUCAGACUCUGCCCCAGACCUAUCUAAACCAGGAGUCAAUGUUUGGCCCUCCCCCAUCUAUAUCCUCCUUCUCUUUUCUGCCCCUGGAGAAGCCCAGGUCCCCCAGGAGGCCACGGCGAGCAACCCGCCCAUGCCACACCCCAGGCCCAGUGCCUGAAAGGCCCUACAGCCCCAGGAGGGGGUGCAGUGGGCCUCCCGGUGGUGCUCCAGCCAAGCCCCAUCAGGAGCUGGGUAGUUUGGAGGGCAAGCCCAGAAUGGGCUUCCACCACCUGGAGAAAGGACGUGCUGCUUCCUCUUCCCCCCAUAGUAAUGGUGAGACAGGUGUCCUGGAGCAGCUGUCCAAGCCAGCCCUCCCUGGAGAAUCCAUGUACAGGAGGAGAAGAGAAGGCUCCAACCCUCAGAAUGUGACUGAAUCCCCCGUUGAACAAGGAGACAGGAGUUCAGGGGAGUUCCAGAUUAGCACCCCGUCAGCUUUUAGCAAGUUGAACCUGCACAGGAGCUUCAGUCCCCUCGUGCUGUCCCAGGGCUCCUGGUCAUCCAGGAGUGCAUCCCCAUGCCUGUCCAGUCGGUCAUCACCCCUCCUGGCUGCCCCUCGUAGCCCGUGUCCCGAAGGUCCCCCUGAGCCUUUCUCAGAUGGGGCAGAGGUCCAGGUGGCCAACCUGGACUAUAGAAUGUCCCGCAAGGAUCUGCAGCAGACACUUCAUGACACCUUCUCCCGAUAUGGUCGGGUAAAAGCUGUGGAACUUAGCCCCCACACUGAUUAUCAGCUGAAGGCCACAAUACAGAUGGUGUUCCUGCAGCAGGCCAUAAGUGCUGUCAGUGGUCUGCACCGUUACAAGAUCGGAGGCAAGCGCAUUCAGGUGUCUCUUAUCACUGGUGGCAGCAGAAAAUCCCUUGCCAUGCUCAGUACUGAGAUCAUCAGCAUUCUUCAUGAUGCACCUGCCAAUUGCCUUCCCCUCUUUAAGUUCACUGAGAUCUAUGAGAAAAAAUACUCCCGUAAGCUUGUGAUUGGAGAUCUGUACAGGCUACCAGAGGUGGUGGCAGUGCGAGAACAGGGAGGCUCCAGGCUUGUGUGUCUCCUGCCCAGCAGCCAGAUUCGCCAGAGUCCACUGGGAUCUUCCCAGUCCCAGGAGGGCUCCUCCUCUGCUAGUGGCAGCCCCGUGGUGUUUGAGGAGCUGGAGUACCAUGAACCUGUCUGCAGAAAACACUACACACAACAGGACUUCAGUGAGGCUGACUUUGACCCUGACUCCUAUAAAAUACCUUUUGUUGUGAUGUCUCUGAGCUCCUUGGCCUCUGAGGUCCACAGUCUGUUGCAGUCACACGAAGGAACUCUACCAUUACUCAGUUUUCCAAACUGCUAUGCGGCACAAUUCUGCCCUCUGCAGCUGGGCAAUGAGACGCUGGAGGGUGGUGUUCCUCUGGAGCACCUCAUUACCUGUGUUCCCAGUAUCACAAUUGUCACAGCUCAGAAUGGCUUCAAAGUCAUCAAGUGGAUCCACAACAAACCACCAGCACCAAACUCCGAGCCGUGGAUUCAACGCUGCAAGAGUCCAGUUGGCAACCCACAGCUCAUCCAGUUCAGCAGAGAGAUUAUUGACCUGUUGAAGAGUCAGCCCUCUUGCAUCAUGCCCAUGAGCAAGUUCAUACCCUCAUACCACCAUCACUUUGCCAAGCAGUGCCGCGUCUCUGACUAUGGCUACACCAAGCUGCUGGAGCUUCUGGAGGCCGUGCCACAUGUCCUGCAGAUCUUGGGUAUGGGCACCAAGCGUUUACUGACCCUGACCCAUCGUGCUCAAGUGAAACGCUUCACCCAGGACCUCCUCAAACUUCUAAAAUUUCAAGCCAGCAAACAAGUGGCGAUCAAGGACUUCAUGCAGGCAUACCAUUGGUGCUUCUCUAGAGACUGGAGGGUAAUCGACUAUGGCAUAUGUGACCUGAUGGACCUGCUGACCGAGAUCCCUGACACCACCAUCACUAUUACACAUCAGGACAUGGACACAGUCAUCUCUGUUCCCAAGAGAGAGCGUACAGUGGAGGAAAUGGAGCGCACUAAGCAAUUUGGGAAGGAGGUGGUAGACCUUCUCCGUCACCAGCCUCACUGCCGAAUGCCCUUCAGUAAGUUCAUCCCCACCUACCACCAUCACUUUGGUCGUCAGUGCAAGCUCAGCUACUACGGCUUCACCAAGCUCAUGGAACUCUUUGAGGCAAUCCCCGAUAUACUGAUGGUGUUGGAGUGUGGUGAGGAGAAAGUGCUGACCCUGACAGAAGUGGAGCGUAUCAAGGCUCUGGCGGCUCAGCUGGUCAAGCUGCUUCGGGCUCAGAAGAACUCCAGCCUCCCUGUCAGCCGGCUGCUCACCGAGUACAGCAAGACCUUUGGUUAUGGUCUACGCCUGCAGGACUAUGACGCCAGCUCCCUGCCAGCUCUGCUGACCAAACUCUGCCAUGUUGUCAAGGUGGUGGAUGGCUCUGAGGGUCGGGAAGUGCAGUUGAUCAACAGGAAGUCUUUGCGCUCACUGACCUCCCAGUUACUGGAUCUGCUCAUGUCCCAAGAUGAGGAGCAGGUUACCAUCGGUCUCCGAGUGGAAGUUCUGAGCGAGCAUUACCUGGCUGUCCAUGGAGCCCCUCUCAACCCGUGUGAAUAUGGCUUCCUCUCCCUCAGUGAAUUACUCAAGAGCCUGCCCUACCUUGUGGAGUUGUACUAUAAUGAAUGUGAUGACAACAACAAAGCUGGUGACACCACCAGUGGUCGUGGUGAGGAGUGGGUGAGGCUGACCCGGCUAUACCAGUUUGCCCGUGACGUACGCGCCCUGCUCCAUACCUAUCAUUACAACCAGAUCUUCCUGACUGAUUUCCAUGGGGCUUAUAACAAAUUCACAGGCUGCAGCCUUGAACCACGUUUCUAUGGAUACAUGAGCACUGAUGAGCUGCUCAGUGCCAUUCCACAGGUUGUCUGGAUCAAAGGGCACGGUCGCAAGAGGAUUAUCGUUUUGAAGAACGAUAUGAAAGCAAAGGCAAGCUCUUCAGCCCCCAACAGCCCCUUGCCAGGAGAGAACUUGGAGAGCCCGAGAGACAGCCCAGUUAGCAACACAACUUCUGGAGCCCAGAGUCCAAGUGAGACAGGACACACAAGUGGCGACGCAGCAGCAGAGUCGGAGCUGCUGUGUCUAACACCAGAAGACCUGCUGUGUGGUCCUGUACCAUCCUGCCUACCAUCACCUCAGCUCCACCCCGACCCCGUUCUCCUCCAGGAGGCAGACCUGAUUCACUUUGAGGAGAAGACUCCACCGACAGUGAGCGAUGAAACGGAGGUGGCAGCUGUUGCUGACAGCACAUCUGAUCCAUGUGAGCAGCCUGGCAGGACAGAAGACCCUGCAGUCACCAAACCUCCACCGCCGCCCGACAUAAAGACCCUCUCGUCCGUGGACAGUCCCAGCCGAAGAGGCACACGCAGUAGAAUUAAGCUAGCUGCCAACUUCUCCUUCACAGCAGGCCUCUGAUCCUUUUCUCUCACUCUCACAACACACAAAGCAAUACUACUUCAAACAUAGUGUAAACUCUAAACACAAGAGUUGACCGGCUUCACUGAACACACACUUCACAGAUGUGACCCCAGAAGAGCAUUGGUGUUGUCCCUCUACAUCCUAACAGGCUGUUGCAUUCUUCUGCUUUCUUCUUAACCACAUGUUGGCCAUCUCUGUUGUCUUUGUUUGCUUGUUUCACAAUCGGUGUGUUCUUCCGAUGACGUUCACUCAGCUGUGAUUUUUUUUUUUUCUUGCAGAUUUUCUGCAAUUCUUUAAUUUGCCAAAUCAAUCUACUGUAACCUGUGUUUGAUUUCACCUGGAGGGAAGUUAAAUUCUAUUUCCAUGAAUGCUCAUCUUCAGUUUAGAGCCACUUUGAGUCAAAGGACAUUUGAUGGCUUUCAGGGAAGGCAGAGUCUAAAAAUGAGUUAGCUGUCACUGAAUACAGAGUAUUAGGUAAUAUUGGGAGGAACUCUAGGGAUGAGUAACUAAGUUUUCUAUGUUAAAUCCAAGAAAUGUAGUUACACCCAGUCUCAGUUUAUAAGCUUGUGGAAUAACAGAAGGUUUAAAGAGAUGUUUUGUUCAUGUACCAUAUUGAGAAACCUUCCUGCAUGCUUCCUUGCUGCGUCCCCAAAGACAGAGCAUUUAAUUUGAGACAUUCAUUCAUUUUUGAACUCAUUUCAAAUCUUUGGAUAUUUUGCUUUGUAGGUCACUGUAGACACGGCAACCAAACUGGCCGCCAAGCAACCUGCCCGUUUCAUUCUUUCAGUCUUGUCUUGGGUAAAGAUUUCUAAAGCUGUAGCUUCUCUUUGACGUCUAUUCUUGACUUUUCUCUCUGUUGCAAAGCAGCCUGACGACAGUAUUUUCAGUUGCUUUUGUAUAAUGCUGUGUAUUUUGUAGUCUGUGGUAGAAUUUGGCCUAAUUGUGUGAUGUAUUUGGUGGCAAUUCAAUGAUGGACUGAAGAGAUUAACACACAUAUAACUGUUCCGAUGGUGGCUUUUGUUAGUGGAAGCUAACAGAUUUUGAACAGUUUAAGUAUGCAUGGUGAGGUUUCGAUUGAUAUUGCGACAAGCGCUGCUCUCAGGAAUUUUUCUUCUUGUCGUACACUGACUUAAUUUAUUGCGAAGAUUUCGGCUCGUCUCUCCAGGGGCCACUGAUGAGGGCCUGAAAGGGAAAGUGGCUCCAGCCAGGUGUGUACUCGGGCAACAGGAAUUGAGAUAUACUUUGAUUGUUCAGCUUGAGCCAGCAGCCAGUGUGUUUGUGUUCUUUUAGCUGCAUUUCGUCUGUGUGUGGUUUACACUGGAGUAGGUGGUGUGAAAUAUGCAUGGUGUGCAUAAAUGAGUUUAUGCUUGGUGUAAGCCCAGGAGGAGCAGACAGGAACAGAUGAUGGGAAGACAUUCUUUAAGAUCAGUCUUUUAUUUCCACCAUGUUUUAGGGAUCUUAAGGGUUCGCCGUCACCCUUACAGUUGCCACGUAAAAGCUCAAGGUUUUUUUGAGUUAACCUUGUUGCUGGUAGUUGCUGCAUCUAUGGUGACGUCCGCACUGCCUGAGUUGAAGAGUUGGAGGGGAGCAGUGAUCACUCCUAGUUUUUGAUUUUUAGAGACAAGGUGAAAGGUUGUGAGUUUUUAGGGAUAAGAGAUGGGACGGGAGGCGGUAGGUAGGCUGUUUGUGAAGCACCUUGGGGGUUCUGGGAAGCCUCCUGAACAGACUGACGUACACACAGAGGACCCUCUGCGGCUCUCUGGAAUUUGCCGGGCUUUUACAAUGGCUUGUAUUUGCCACGGUGCCAAAGGAAUCGCCAUCGCACCUCCCCAUCCCUUGCAUCAUGUGUAGAGAAGUUUUUACUUAGUGAUGUGUGUUGGUUUCUCCGUUUUCCUCUGUCUCAAGUGUUUACAAGACUGCUGGCUGCUGAAUUGCCACCAGAUGAUGUCGGCUGGACGUUUUAGCACAAUCCAAGCGCCGCCGAAGUCAAGAGGGUGUUGUGUUCUAAGAAAAGGUGCAAAGAAUGGGUAAGAGCCCAUUUUAUCAUUUUCUGCCCAGUUUCAGUGUUAGCUGUGUUGGACAUGCGUUUCCUUUGUCAGACUUGAUUUUGACUUGGUGUGAAAAAGCCUUAAAAGCUGAGAGAUUCCACCUGCCAACUCACCAAAAUGUCUGAGAUGCUAAUCAAAAUGUUUUUAAUGAGGGCUGUUGGGGUUCAGGUGUCCCCCGCGGUGUUUUACUGACUGUCUGGAAACUUCUUUGAUUCGGGUAUGAGCAGCUCAGAAUUGUUAAUGAUUUAUAAUUGGUAAUGAUAGAAAGGGGAUGAAAAUGCUCAGAAGAACUGUGAAGAUUUAACUUUGGCAGUAAGAAUGUAUUCCUUUUUGUGAAUUUGAACAAAACCCUAGCUCUCCCUUAGAGUACAGCAGUGGCAACUAACUCAGAUGAAUGCAUUUAACUUCUCUGUAAGCUUCCUCUUUGUUUUGGUUACAUCAGUGAGAAGCUAUUGUCCCUGUCAAAAUAUGCACUUUUGCAUAGUUUUGGUUCAUGAAAUUAGUUUGUGUCUUUACCUCCGUUUGUUUAUGUCUGACCUUAUUCAGUUUUCAUGUUGCACAGUUUUUCUUUUAUUCAGCAGUGUCCUUAAAACUCCUGCCUUGUGAUUAUUUUUUGUUUACCUGGUUAACAAAUGUCUCACUGAUGUGUCCUCUCUGCAUUCACCUCCCCCCUCUGUCGCACCGCUUUACUGCCUCACUGCACCAGAAGCUGCUGUAACAGUCCAGUGUUGUUGAAGGGACCAAAAAGAUUUCCGUAAAUAAAUUUCACAAGCAUCA